AUGCCUACCGAUGAGGCAGUUGGAUGCCAUCUAGAGUCACCCGAAAAAAUAGACGAGCGCAAAGCAGCGAUAGGUGACAGAAACAGAAACCGAAAAGACAAAUACGGGAAAAUUCUAGAGGAAAGCUACCGCUCCUUGCACGAUAUGCGAAGUAGACUAAAUCCGGAAGUCCAAGAAUAUAAUUAUCACACAAGCGAUAGGAGGGAUGAUUCCUACGCCGGCUCGAGCUUCGUAUCAGACAACGAGCAAAAUUCAGAGAGUGGGACUGGUGGCUCAAAUUCUCACCAUGGUGGGGAAAUGGAUGAUGUCUUCAGCGAUUCCGGGCGCAGCCAAAGAAGCAGUAUUAACUCAUUCCAUGAGAACGCUCCCUCGGAAAAGUCGUCUCAGAAAUCUUCAAUGAUGCCCACAGAUGUAGAUGAAACAACCUCACGGAGUGAUUCUCAUAUUCCAAUCUCAAGAUCUCCCAGCGGGAUAUCUUAUCCUGGUUCGAACCCGUCUGAUCUAAUCAUGGUAAAGCCAAAAACAAGGUCUCCUUUUCGAUCCCCAUCGUCAGUUCGGGCCAUUCAAAUGACUUCUCCUACACCGUCAAUGUUCCCUUCUUCGCUCCCAUCAGAUCAAAAGCUUUCAUCUUCCCGGCGAGGGACUCUGAAUGUGAAGAGCACGCCAAAUAAGACUACACCUACUCGUCUCAAGCGCCCCCCUAAAGAUCCACUCGUACUUUUGCACAUCACAAUUAUGCCCUUGAAAUGGCCUUAUUCUUACAUCUCAUCUUCCUCUGAAGUACCGGAAUCUAUAAAAACUAUACAGGAGACAUGGAGAUUACUUCAGGAUAAGGUGGGAAACACCGUUUUGGAGCGUGGUAUUCUCUUAGCACAUCCACAAGACUCUUAUGAAACACUCGAGGAACGUUUGCUUGAAGCCCUAGAGCUCCCCCUUCACGUGAGGGCCAGAAUUCUAAAAUGUGGACACUAUAUUGGGUCAUCGUACUUGGAGACAUUCACCACAGAUGAAGCCCAGGACGAUUCCAUAUCUGUAAGAUCACGAGACAGCAUUCCAAAUAUUCCCAGAAAAUGCCUUACCUGUGGAAGAGAAAUACUUUUCCAAGAAUUAAAAGAAUGUAAAAAACCUGAGAAUCGGUUUUGCAUCAAAGUAUUCGCAUCCAACGGCUUAAUGAGCCCAGGUGCCUGGACUGCAGCUUGGAGGGAAAUGGAACGAGUCGAUGUAGAGAUUGAGCCACACGUCGAGCCACACGUACGUGAGGAACUUGAACGAUUGGCUCCUGCGUCGCAACAUCUUGUCUCCCUUCACCAUGAUGACGAUGAUGAUGAUGAGGACUUUGACCGCGAAGAGAUGACUACCCGUUAUUCGAGUCACCUGGACAUAGAUCAUGAGAAAGGCGAGGAAGAGUUAAGAAUAGAAGCCGAACUUCGGGAGCAUGAACAACGCGAGGAGAUGCGUAGGAAUGCAACGGUUAAGGAGGAAGAAGAGCGUGAAAAAGAAGUGAGGCGCAUCACUGAAGAGAUGAGCCGGAAUUAUGGCCGUUCCGGCCUCGAACGAAGUGCCAGUAGCCGCAGUAGUAGACAAAGUACCGUCCAAGAGAGCCCACGGAAAACUACCAAGGCCGCACCUUCUGCUGCGAAAACGACUGAGAGUGAAUCUUUCUUACAACUACUCUUCGCAGCAGUGCGUGUGAUUCUGCAAGAUAAGCGCAACAUUUUGAUUGGGCUGCUAACACUGUUCCUGCUCGGCCUUGGAAUAGUCCCAGGCGGCCUGAUCAUGCGCCAUCGUGCACCUCAGGAGCCUUACGUCCCCAAGGAAGCAACCUCCCGCUCUGAGCCCUGGUCGGCCGAGCCACCUACGAUGACGACGACCGUCUUCGCGGAAAAGAUUGUGACUCGUCUUAUCACUGUGCCUGCCCCAACCGCUGCAGCAGAGAAGUCGAUCGUACCGGUCGCCCUGCCUUCGGAAGUGUUGGAUGCGCCGCAACACCUCCCGCACGCUUCAGACCAAGCCUCGGUCCCCUCGCGGUAUUUCCGCACUCGACCUCAAAAUAUGCCUCUCAUGCCUGUAGAUCGUCUCCAGACCAUCGAGCUACCUUUAUCACAUUUGAAUUCACCCCGUGAUAUAGACCAUGACGAGUUAUCUCUUGAAAAGGAUGAGUUAUAG